GAGGAGGCGGUGGAGGAGGAGGAGGUGGAGGAGGCGGAGGACCCUCCCCUCGAGGCCCUGACAACCCGCACUCCGAGUACAAAGACUGGUACCUGGACUUCCCGCGGAACAGGCCGCUCACGCAGAAGCCAGAGAGAGACUAUGCGUUCCGGUUUGAGCAGUGCCUUCCGCACGCCUCCAACGGACGGGAUCCGGAUUUCCGGAACGACAUCCACCGGUCGCCGUGCACCCCUCGCCGCAGGCUGCAGAGCAGGUCCCCGCUGGACGAGCCGCCGCCGCCGUUGCCCCGCUCCCGGACCGUUCCCCGGAGGCUGGGUGGGAUGGAUUUCCUUCAGCUCCCCGACGGCGAGGACGGGUUCGGCCGGCGCUCCGGCGGCGAGUCGCUUCUAGACGACCCGGAGUACCAGCGCGCCUUCGUCGUACACCCCCGCGACGAGUACAAGCUCGACCGAGACGCCUUCCACCCGCGCGACCCAGGGCGCCGCAGGCAGCGGCGCGUCACGUACCUCGACGAUGAGGGCAUCGACGAUGGCUUCCAGGACACGACGACGGCCACCGAGGACACGGAGGAUGACGGGCAGCAGCCCAUGUCAUUCCACAUCCUGGAUGCGCGCAUCCACGAGGCGCGAGACGGACUGACGAGGAUCAGCCUGGACGAGGAGCGCUACGCCGGGGACAGAUACGGGUCGGACGAGAGCUACGGGCUGCACGUGAGUCCACCGCUCAGCCCGCACGGCUACUCGCCCGUACUCCUCGCGCCGCCCUCCAUCGACGCGUCCUGCAGCCCGUCCGACCAGGGCGGCGGCGACGGCGACCGCGACGGCGGUGAAGCUGCGGACACGUCGGGCGGGCAGUACGGCGACGUCACCGCGCCGCACUACAUGCCCAUGCCCGUGUACCUGGCGGCACCGUUGCCCGCCCCUUACUACUGCACGGGGGCGAGUCCCCCUCACCACCUCUACUUCGGCGGUUUCUGCCCCAACUGGUCACCGACACACCAGGCCUACUCCCCGGGACCCUACUGUCCCAGCCUGGCCCCGGGGACGCCGACGCCGACGGCGCCCACACCUACGCCGACGCCACCACCAGCGCCUCCAACUGCCAACAGCGGCCAGCUCGUGCAGCCACCGCAGUCGCAGCCCGCCUACUGCCCCUCCAUCCUGCCCCCCGUGCACCAGUACGUGGCGGGCUGCUGUCCACCCCCGGCUGUCAUUCAGCCGCCCCCAGCCACUAUCACCUCCGUGGACGUCGUCUCCACUGCCAUCCCCACCGCCACCGCAGCUGUUGCCCCCGCUGCAUCCCCCGCUGCCGCCCCCGCUGCCGCCCCUGCUGCCGCCCCUGGUGCCGCCCCCGCUGCCGCCCCUGCUGCCGCCCCUGCUGCCGCCCCUGCUGCCGAUCCCGCUGCCACCCCCGCUGCCGUCCCAGCCGCCUCUUCCACUGGUGCCCCCGCUCCCGCUGCCGCCCCUGCUCCAGCGCCAAGUCUCUCGAACAACGUUGCGGCUCCGAACUCCGCAUUACCUGUUCCUCGGGCUGAACCGUCAGCAAGCUCCGCUACCGUCAACAGUAAUGGUAUUAAUAACAAUAACAAAAUCACUCCGGCACCACCACCAGGCACCAAUGUCAACAAAAACAACAGACAGAACGGCUUAUCGCGGGCCCAAAGGGCGCCAGCCGCGGUCGCGAACAUCAACAGUAAGAACCUCUUAAUGGCCAAGGGGGAUGCAGGCUCGUCGACGGGAGAAGCAGCCUCCACUUCUACUACGUCGUCGACGACGCGGGCCUUCAUCGUCUUGGACCAGACCAGCAGUGCGAGCGACGUGACCAACAACAACAGCGACAAGCCGCCCACCCCACCGGGGCCCUCGUCCUGCUACGAGUAACCCCCGCAGCCAUGACGGGCGCCGAGAGGGUCGAGAAGUAAACGUUUGUGAUGGACCCUAAUUGUUGUGAGAAUAACUGAUUGUGCGUCGCCCUCUUCCAGUGGGACUGAGUGCCAGCCGCAGGGCGAGCGAAUAAGCGACCUUGCGUGCCCGGGCGGGCAGUGACGUCACAGUUCACAGACUCGCCCCCAGCCCUGCUAGCCCUAGCCCACCCCGAUACGCCCCCUCCCUAGCUAGCAUAGGCUGACCGCGUUGGCCUCGCGGGGGGCACCCCAGCUGCGUGGCGCACGCGGCAGGAACUGACCAUCAAGGGGCUCGCCGCGCCACGCGCCUAGCGGUCUGCCUGCCUUGGCAGGGGUUCGAGACGCGGACACCUGACCUUGCUCGUGGAAAAAGGGGGGGGGGGAGGUGCACCUAAAUUCCGACAUUGGAUCUUUGGCUGGGCAGGCCCAGUGAUGUUUCACGGUCCGGGCAGUCCUUGCCUGCAUAGUGGUGUGGUGUGGUAUUCUGUUAGAGUUACUAAAGCUUGUUUGAGGGAAUUCCAAUUAGAUCUUGAAUAAAAGAUAGGGUACCGAUGCUGCAGCAAUGAGCGACCAUCAAAGUAACAACCCUGCCCAACCUGAAUUUAGACACAUGACAUAUUGACAAUUUCAUUUUUUUCUGAUUUAAGAUUUAAUCAAUGAACUGAUACUGACUUGCCGAAGACAUUCACUCUCAAAAUGUCAUCGGAUUUCCAAUGAAAGAUAUAACAAAACUACCUAACAGAAUGUCAGUAAUUGAUAAAGGAUCAUAGAUACGCCAAUGCCAUAUGAUAAAACAGGUACCUCAUAAAAGUUGUAGAUUGAAUGUUAACCUCAAUAUAAGCUAAGCAGCACUGCCAAUUUUCUGUAGUGUAGCCUUCUACUUUUUGUGUAAUUAAAAGGCACAUCAUAAAAAAUCUUGUUUUGUUGAAAAUAAAUGAAGGUAUGCUGAUA